AGAGGUCCCUCGCAGUAGCAGCAGCGGCAGCUCGUAGCAGAAUCUGCUCAAGGCGAGUGUGUAUAAAAGUGAACCCAAGAGAAUUUCAAUGUUUAGUCCAGCGAAGGUGGUCGUGGAGUGAACAGGUGUGUCUCACUCGGUCGAGAAAAAAAAAGGAAGCGCAAAGUCAGAAACACGUGCGAGAGAGGUGCUCAACGUUUCUCCGUUCUUGAGGUGCAGUGCAGACUUUUGCCAUUACUGUGUUGCUGUUUAGUGAUAUAUCGCUUGCAAGUUUGUCUCGCGAGUGAGCAGAUUAGAGUGCGACCGAAUUGGAUUUGUGUGGAAGAAAGGGGGAAAAACUUGACCCCAGGGUAGCAAAAGAAGCAGAAGGAAAACUGGUCCAGCGAGCAGCAUCUUCGUAUUCGCCGAAACGAAAGAUUUCUGCGUCGCCAUGAAAUUGCUUCAGAUCGCCGUGCUGGUGGUAGUGAUCACUGUCACCGUUGCCUUCCCUACACCACUAGAGAACUCCGAGCUAGUCCAUGAUGUACUCGGGGACAGUCCAACCACCGUAAUAGCAGAAAAAGUUGCCGAAAUUAAAGCCACAGAACCAGUCGCUGAACCCACCGUCGAGCCUGCUGCGGAACCGGUGGCCGAACCCGAACCUGUCUCCGAGCCAGAGCCGGCAGCAGAACCCGAACCGGAACCGGAGCCGGUUUCCGAGCCGGAACCUACACCAGGUGCAGAGGAAGAGAAACAGGAAGAAUCCAGGACGGUGGAGAAGGUCGAGAAGAUCGAGAAGGAAGACGAUAAAGUGAAGGACGCUCCUACCGAUAUAACCUCUACUAUCGAAACCACUAAACAAUCACAGGAACCAAUGCAGGAGCCCACGGAAGGUGGGGUACCCUCUGAAUCCGAGAAAUCCGUUGAGAUUAUCACAGUAACGAUGGCUGAGGAAGCUACAGUACCAGUAGCAGUCAGUGAAGCCAGUAAAAAUGUCGAAAUAGUUCCAGCUGAAACGGAAGAUAUUAAAACAGUUGUUGAUGAGGCAGUUGAGCCUACGUCGGAGCCACUGGCCACCGAAGAAGUGCCCAAAAUUGAUAUCGCUGAUUCAGAACCAGAAAAAGUUGCAGUUUCGGACGAAAAUGAACCUGAGCACAACCAUGCAGUUAAAGAUGCUGCUGAAGAAAUAGCUGAUGUAAAAGAAACUAAACAGGAGAACAUUGAUACUCCUACAGCAGAACAAACCAGAGAAGUACCAAUCGUCAUUCAAACUGAGACGACUGUAGAUACUGCAAAGGAAGUCUCUGAAGAGAAGAAAGCUGAAGCAACAGUUGAAGCAGACAAAGAUGAAAUCAAAAAAUUGCUUGACGAAGAGCUAAAAGAAAUGCAAGGCGAAGAUUUACCUUCCGCUGAUGCAACGAUCGUUGCAAUUGUUGAGGAUGUAGUGAAGAAGGAUGUUGAAUCUGUACCAGAAACUGUUUCAGUUGCGAUCAGCCAGGACGAACCUGCCGCUGAUCAAACUGAAACGAAGAAAACCGAAAUUCAGGAAACCCCCGAAACCGUUAUCGAAUUGAAGGUUGCCGAAGAAGUACCGGCUGAGGUUCCUACGAAACUUGCUACCAAAUCAGAAACUGAAACUCAAACGUUGACCGGAUCCGAUAAACCUGUGGAAGUCGAGGAACCAGUUUAUGUUGUUAAAUCAACGGAGACUGUCGAACCUAUCCAAGCUGAUGAACCGUCAGAGGCUGCCGUAGCAACAGAAACAAACACUCCUGUGGAAGCUGACAAACCAGCGGAAGAUGAUAAAUCAGUGAAAGCCGACGAGCCAGUUGCGGUUGUUGAGACAACCGAGUUGGACAAACGAAUGGAACCCGUGGAAACCAAAGAUGUCGAUCAAGUAACGGAAAUUGAAGCCGACAAAGUAGUGGAAACUGAAAAACCUGCAGAAGCUGAAAACCUAGCAAAAACUGACGAGCCAGUCGAAGCUGAUAAACCAGUCGAAGCUGAUAAACCAGUCGAAGCUGAUAAGCCAGUCGAAGAUGAUAAACCAGUCGAAGCUGAUAAGCCAGUCGAGGCUGAUAAGUCAGUCGAAGCAGACAAACCAGUAGAAGUUGAAAAACCAGUCGAAGCAGAAAAAACGGUUGAAGCAGAGAAACCAGUGGAAGCUGAUAGUCCGGCAGAGGUUAUGGUAGCAACGGAGACAGACAAGCCAAUCGAAACGGAAGUGACCAAGAAAGUGGAACCUUCGGAAGCCGCGACAAUCGAGGAGAAGACUGAAGUAAUGAAAACUGUUGCUCCGGUUCAAGCUGAGGAGACAGUAACUGCUGAUCUUGCUGCGGAGCCUAAGAAACACGCAGAAGAACAAAAACCAGAGGUUCCAGUGCUAAAUGAUACCCCUGCAGAACCUGCGAAACCAGUACAAGCUGAUGAACCAGCCCAGCAGGAGACUGUUAAGCCUCAAGCUCCAGUAGAAACUAAAAAAGUGGAAGCGGAAGUGGAAACCAAAAAGGAAGAAGUUCCAGUGAAAUCCGCAGUGCUUGAUCUGCCCAAAACUAUCAUCAUAACACCCUCGCAAGCAGUUGAAGAGAAGAAAGAAGUAACAAAGGUGUUCGUCGUUGAAGCUAAGAGAGCCGAUGAGGUCGAAUCUCAAAAAGCCGUGCCGGCUUCUGAAACACCAGCGAAAGAGGUCAAGGAAACUGAAACGAAACCUGUAGAACCAGCAAAAGUUACUAAGACGAAAGGGAGUUCAACGAAAACUUCUUCCAGACGUGGUAGCCCCAAAAAGGAAACUGAAAAUAAAAGUGACAGUGAGAGUGCAGCCGCUAAAUCAUCAGAAGAACUGAAGCAGUCUACAACUGUUGAUGACAAGCCAAGCGAUUCGACGACAACCAGCGAAGCAGCGCCCGCUCCAGCCAAGCAGGAGGGCAAGAAACAGAGGAAGAAGAAGUUGCCAGGUUCGAAAAUCAAGCAAACUUCGAUGUAAAUGUAACAUCCGAGGAUACCGAAAACGUAUUCAACAUGAUCAGCAAAAAUCAUAACCACAUUGAUUCCAACGUCUAGUAUUAACGAUCAUUUAAAAGCAGUAAAUGUGAAUCCUGUAGAUCAGAUGAAACGUAGCAGUCACAGUUUCAUUUUUACUCUUCCUAGGCUAAGUUAGGCUUAAAAAGCAGGGAAUACAUCGUUAUAGCGUUUCCAAUUCCGACUUGGUAGUAAACGUUGAGAUAGCAGGUUCAGGCAAUCUGUUUCCGAACAGGUUAAUUCAGUUCAGUAUGCGAACUCUAAACGUUCGAGAAGGGAAUCAUUCUGCCCGAAGAAAUGGACAAAUCCAACUGACUUAUUCAUUCACAUAUGAACCAGUGUGUAAUAUUACGCUUGAUCUAUGUUAAGAAAAUGAAAAAUAAACUAAAUUCGAAAUAAGUA